GAUUGAACCCCGUCUCAUGGCAACUGUAGUAUACUAUUGUUUUUUCGGCAGACCACAGCAUAUACAGAUACAGUGCAGUAUAUGACACGUACAAACAAGGAAAGCACCUGAGGCUGAGGGAGAAGAGGAAAGUCCUAGAAACAUAUAAAACGAGCACCACAAAAAAGUUGGAAAGGAUAUAUCAUCUAAAGCGGAGAACAGGCAUAAGAUCAAGAUGGCCGAAACUAUGGUGAGGCCGAGGCCACUUGGUGAUUUAAGACUCCAUCUUCAAGUAGACACGAACGCCGGGACAAACGACGUCCAAGGCAUCGUGAGAAAUCGGCGACAGCGCUUGAUGAAACUGCCGAUCUCAAGAGGACGUUUCGAUGUAGCUAGCUUUCAAGAUCACGGCCACCCAGGUUUUGUGAAAUAUAAUGAUGACACCCUUGCUCCCAAUCGAGACAAUUACCCAAUUAUUGACCCGACUAGUGGGUUUGUGUCGGUUGCGGCAGACGUGGACAGAAAUACGGGGGUCAAGAAUAUACCGAACAUGCAGCAGUCAGACAAUCCACCAAACACAGUCACCCCGUUCUCACCGCGACCGACGACCACUCUUGCUCACAGAGACAAAGUAAAGGAGUCUGACUCACGGGAGAGCAGCGGGACCAUGAAUCCCUUGAGAGCUUCUGCCCCUGCUUCCUUGCAAUACAACGAUCCUCAGUUGCAGAAGACAAGAGUUUUAAAUGAUCCCGGUACUUGGAAUAGCAGGAAAAUAAGUGAUGCCAUGAUUCGAGCAAAACUAGGAGGCUGGACAAGUGAUAAAGAUCCAAGAAAGACCGAGAAAGAGCAGGACCUUAUAUGGCAACAGAUUCAUUCGAGGAACAUUAAAAAUCAAGCAAAUGUCAUUGACAAAGCUGAAGAUUGGAAAGAUGAGGCAGCACUGAGAUAUGUCUACUUACCCUCUACCCAAAGGGCAUAUGAAGCGGUGAACUGGGAUACCAAAUUGGCGCCCAAGGUCCUACCCCCAGCCACUACUCUCGAAAGACAACCAGACCCGGUUUCACAUCGCUUCAGUGUGAACAAACGGUACGAGUCUGCCGCACAGCCAUGGCAGAAUCUUGGAAGAUCAUUUGACAUGUUUCAGAACAGAGAUGGUUUUCAUAUCAAAGGACCGAUUGAAUUCUGUAGCCCCCAUCGGAAGAACUACCAGAUUCCCAACUACACUGGUUUUGUUGGAGGUUUUGGCGAGCGAGAUCAUCCUCAGCAGUAUUUCUUCCCUUCUGCUGUCCAGAGAACCAGCCUCCCUUGGUACACAGACACAGCAAAUCGGCCAAAUAUCCCUGGUUAUACAGGCUGUACCCACUGGAAGUCAGAGAAACCAGCUAAUGCCAAUGUGCCCAUCCCACCACCACAGACUACAGCUAGAGUUCACAGGAUUGACCGAUAUGACCCUAACCAGUCAGCACACAAGAGGACAUCACGAAUGUCCAAGAUGGUCACUUUGGUACCACCCUGCAACCCGUUCAACAAAGUGGACAAGGAUGAGAGGACAUUAGAACAGUAUAGGUAAAGGCUGUGUUACCAUGGUAACUGUAAACCUAGUUUUCAACUUUUCCCAAUCAGAUCUUGCGAUUAUUGUGAGUAUGGAGUGUUGUGGCUUAGUGGAUAGGCAUCCAGACUUUGAACCAGAAGUGCCACGGUCCGAAUUCCACUGAAGUACAUGCAUCCGUUAGCAAGGCAUUUAUUUGAAUUUGCCACUCUCCAUCCAGGUGUACUGGCAGGAAGAAAUUCCUUAAAUGCUCAGGCACCUGAUCAGGGUAGCCAUAUCUAAGACCUGUGUAAUAGUAUGCCGGGUGAGGAAACAUUGUAUUAAGUGCUUUGUAUAUGUAGCAUAUCAUUAUUAUUACUAUUAUUAUCAUUGUUAUUAUUUACCGGAGGUAUUAUUAAGUAAAGGCUAUGUGAUCAUAUCGUGAAGGCCACAAGUAGUAUUUUUUUUAUUUAUUUAUUUUUUUUUUUGGGGGGGGUAUAACCUUAAAAUGAUAAUCCCCAGUCAACUUAUACAGUAACAACCUAUUUUUGGUGAAUUUUAGCUAAUUCUAAGGUGAAGAUUUUUGGCUCUAGAUAAUAUAUCCAUGGCAUCAUACCAUAACAUGCUAUAUAUAUAUAAACAAAGAAAAUCUGAGAUGCAAUGCUUUUUUUUUGUCCUCUUUUUCUUAUUUUCUGGUUUUGUCUGAUAACUUCUGAUACAGUCUUAAACUCAAGAGAAUAGUCAGAAGAGUAAAAACCAUUUUUGCCUAUUCUCACUGCAUUAGUAUUUUUAGUGAAAAUCUUCACAAUAAUUUUAAGUGAAAUAAUGGCUGUAAGUUUUUAUAAUGCAUGAAGAGCUUAUAUGUAUGCUGCCAUUUUGUCACCUUUCUUCACUUGAGUGUUAAAGUAACCUUUGCAACAAUUGUGUAUACCCUUGUAACAGUGUAUAUAUGUACUGUUAGAGAUCUAUAAAUUAAACAAUGAUCAAAAGGAUUUAUGAAUUGAUAGUUUUCUAUAAUCGUAGUAUUCUUCCAGAUGUAAUAUACUAAAUAUGCAACAUGCAUUCAAUGUUUUUGGUGCCUUCCUCCGUAAUUGUAUUAUCAUUAUAUAGCAAUACCGAGUAUUUUCCCCCGCACCUAUUUUUCAUAUACAUGCACUAGAUCUAUGCAAUUUAAAGUGAUUAUGCCUUAUAUGACUGUUCCGAAUGUCUUUGCUACAUUAUUACAUGUGUAAAUGUAUUUGUCUAUAAACUGUAUGUGCAAUCAUAUAAAAUGCUAUGAAUAAGACAAGAUUGAUUGAAUAAUUAUGUUUUUAUGAUUGUAUUUCUUAGGUGAUAAUUAGCUCAAAUUAAGAAUAUAUAUAUCUUAAUUCUCAACAUUUACUGGACAAUAGUAUGUGUAUAUAUGAACGAUUGCUGCUUUUGGGGAUAGAUCUGUCUAUGUAUAAAGUUUUAUACUGGUUAUGAUAUACAUUAAAGAUUUACUACAUCUACUGUAAAUUUGUUAUUGCUCUUUAUUAAAUCAAAAUAUUCAAGUUAAAACCCAUGGGGAUCAAAUAGGAUUUGUGAAGUUAUAUUGGUCUCAAUAUUUUCAAAAUAUUGAUUUUAGGAUCUUCAACUUUAUGUAUUUUAAAAAUAUGCAAAUAAGUUAGUGACAUUGCGUGAGUAUUGGAGACCUAUGAAUUCUUUAUAGAUUUGACACUUAUUCAGUAUUUCGAAUAUUCAGCAUUAUGAUGUGCUUCAAUGGCUAUAGGCACAAUUGAGAGAUAAUGAAUAUUCAUGAGGGCCAAUUCAUGAAAUGGGUCAUUUUUAUACCGAGAUUGCAACUUGUACAUCAUUCUUCCCAGAUUUCUCUUGCCUCAAAAACUGAGUCAUUUAAUUAUCUACAUCCACAGUUUGCUAUUGCCAAUCAUGUUUUCUGUGAUCAUUUUCUGAAUAUCAUUUAGAAGCAAUGAUAGAUCAGGAUUAGAUAAGACCUUUUUCUAAUUUAAUGAGAAUUAGUAUUAUGUGUAAUACAAAGUACUAUAUUUUAUUCAGAUUAAAGUCUCGUGCGGUCGUAAAAUGCUGUAGGUUGAAUAAUAAUUUUUACCUUCUUUUAACAUAUUUUUUAUUCAAGUAUUUUUUUAAAACUUUUGUCUUUCAGUGCAUAGCUUAAUGUAAAAUAUGAGAACCUACUCUUUUAUAUUCAUUAUGAAUAUUGGACCCCUCUUUUUACUUUUGUAUGCAUAUUAUUAUCUAAAUCUGUAUUGUAAUCAGUAUAUCACUCUAUAUUUGAAAAGCUAUUUUUAUUCAAAGUUGUUGGUUACUUUUUAUACUUUUAGAUCAUUAUUUGGAAUAAUAAUGUGACUUGAAUGAUAUGCAGUGCAAGAUUGCGGUGGAACAAUAUGCAAAACUAAUGUCUGUUUUUUUUUUUAUAAAAAUGGUAUUAUUGGACACAUUCUUGAAAAGCAAUAAAUAUCCGUCCAUGUUUAACUAAACAA